GAAACUUUUAGAGAUAUAAAAUGCAAAAUGCAAGCAACUCAAGCUCCAAAUUGAGAGAAGUCUGUAAAAUAAAUAAAGCGUACCGAUGAUAUCACUUGCUUCAAAGAUCAUUCAAGAAAAAUUCAAAAAAUACGUGGCUAAAUCUGUACUUAUUAAAUUAUCCGCUUUUACAUUUUAUAAAAUAAAUUCAAACACCAUUAUUUCAUAAUUUUCAGAUCAAAUAUAUAUGUACGUGUGUUAAACUUUAGUAGCAUGAAAACCGAUUUAUUAUAAAGAUCUUAGGAAAAAUUAUGAAUAACAUAGUAAUCUUAAAGCAUUAACAGGGAUAUAAAAAAAAGUUGUAACUUUUGUAAUUUCGAACAGUUCCACCAGAGUAAAAUAAAAUAAAAUGAAGUGGAAUAGGAAUGUUAACCUCUUUGACGUAUACAGGUUGUCGGCGAAGAUAUUCUAAUCAAUAUUGUUGAUCUAAUUCAAUACAAAAUGUUACGAAUAAUACUUUUUAUAUUGAUAUGUUGUUUUGUUGAUGUUCAUUCUGCCAAUCUUGAAACAGUGAGUGAUGAAGAACUCAUAAAUCUCAUAAAAACUGAGAAAUAUGUAGUGGUGCUUUUCACAAACAAAGACUGCACAACAUGUGAAAACUAUGAGAAUGAGAUGAUCCAUUUAAGAGAAGAUCUAGUAAAUUCCCUGUCCGCUUGGGUUGUGAAAACUGUUGAUAGUCAAUUACUUCGUCUUUACAGUACUGAUAAAGAACCAGCACUUGUGUUCUUUAGACAUGGAAUGCCUUUACUUUACGAUGGACCUCUGAAUGCUGAAGAAAUUUUAACUAUGUUCAUUGAAAAUAAAGAACCUACAGUGAAGGAACUAACAGAUGAUACAUUUGAACAUCUAACACAGGCAAGUAGUGGAGCUACAACCGGGGAUUGGUUUGUUAUGUUUUAUAGUACAGACUGUGUGGAAUGCGUUAGAAUGAUUGCAAGAUGGGAGGCUGUAGGUGCAAAACUAAAGCAAAGGGUUAAUGUAGCACGUAUUGAUAAGUAUACAACUGGAGCAUCCACGGCAAGAAGAUUUAAUGUUUAUGAAGCUCCUGAAUUUAUAUUCUUUAGACAUGGUAAAAUGUAUCGUUAUCAGAUUUCAAAAUACGACAUUAACUCUUUUACAUCAUUUGCGAAAGAAUGGUACAGAAAUGCACGUGCUGAGCUUGUCCCUGUACCACAAAGCCCAUUUGACGAUCUCGUACAAAUGAUUGCAAAUUUCCUUCGUGAAAAUCCGUGGAUAAUGAAACUUGGCAGCAUAACAAUAGGUGUAUUUAUUAUAAUUUCUGUAGCCUCUAAAUUCAGACGUAAAACCGAGAUGGCACAAAAAAAAGACUAAUUGUUUUUUUUACCAGAGACACAUAUUAUGGGUACUACAUCAAAUUAUUAAUAUAUCAUUUAUGAUUUUAUAUAAAAUACAGAACAUAUAUGAGAUGAAUAGAGUUUUUUUUUACUAAAAAUCAAACUUUUUGUUUUUAUAUUUUUGACAAGUCGCAUAAGUUUCCAUUUUCAUAUAUUUGAUCAAUACCCAUAAUAUAGAUGUUUUAAAGAGAUACAAAUACGUAUAUAUUUUAUUUCUAAUAACUGCGGUUUUUAUUUCGUAUAAAAUAUGUAUUAGUCACUGCGUCUAAAUUUUUUUUAACACAAAUAUUUUCUACGUUUUACAAUAAAUAUUUUUAAAUUAAAAUUUCUCGAAAAACAUGCAUAAUGGUAAAAUAUUUCCUAGAUAUGAUAUGGUUUUCCCUCAAAAAAAUCAUCUGAAUUAAUGUAACAAAGUAUUUUAUAUUUACAUAUACCUAUUUAAAAAAUUAAAUAAAAACAGAUUGAAAAUAAUAUAUUUAUUUGGGUAAACGUUGUACUUUAACUUAUUUGUGAUAAAUAAAUGUUUUUGUUUGAAUGUGAGUCCCUUCACAUUCAUUAGAUAACACAUACCUUCAUUACCUUUAUUACCAGUAGAAAAAUAAAGUAAAAAUAUAAUAUCAAAUGCAUAAAGAUCUUUGUAUCUUUCUGUAACUUAAUGACUUCAUGGAUGAUUAUGUUUUGUUUUGUAUCUUAUACUCUUUGUAGUUUCCAAUAUAUACUUAAUGCUAUACUAUUCAUUCACAAGACACUCUGUGCUACAUAUAUUGGAGCAAGUAGCUUUGUGCAUUGUAGUAAUAGUAUUCACUCUUUAUGAUAAUUUUAGUUUUAUCAACAGAAAAUAUUGCAUCUAUCUUAAACAUUAUCAACUGAUAUAUUUAUCCUAAAGACAGUAGAUGAAUCAGCUAGUGCCAUUCUGAUACUAUUCUCAAACUUUUCUUGUAUGGACGAAAAUUCCAUCAUAUUGCUUGGUUUUGAAUCAAUCCAAAAUCCAUCAAAUUCAUAGAAAAGAUAACAAUAAAGUUGAUGGAAUGCACGAAUUGUUGGAAAACUCUUCGAAGAGUUGUAAAUAUGAGUCUUGGCACUUCCAUCCCUUAACAAUCUUAGAGCCAUACUUGUUAAAUUUAUCCCAACUAUGGCAAAUGCAUAACCAUAACGUGGAUGUGUAGAAUGUGACAACACAUGUGUCGCAGCACUGGGAUAUUCUUGAGCAAAAUAAACUAAAUUUUCUAGUCCCAAAAUUCCCAUUCCACGGAAAUCUGUUUUAGGAUCAUCUCCCUGAAAGCCAAUGUGUUGCCAUUGUUUGGUAACUCUAGCAUCUAAAGGCUCAUAAGGCAUCAACAAAUUCCACAACUUUAACAGUAAUAACUCGUGCUCUGGAUUGUCAGCAUCAUAAGGUGUCUUUCUAAGUUCUUCACAUUCCACACAAAGUUGUCUAUAGCCCCAAAUUAAUUCUACACAUUUACCAAAUGACUUGGCAAAGUCAGGAUGAGCUGUUGGAUUUAUUUUCUUGGUCACCAAUAUGGUCACAAUAGCUUCCUUCAAGAUUUUUUGUUUUGUCUGUUUUGUAAUUGCACGCUGAUCAGCAAAAUCAUUCAAAUAGACUAUAAGAGUUUUAAUAUUAGCAUUCCUAGAUAACUUAAGGGAUUCUUCUACAGCUAGUGUUCUCGGUGCUCCACACAGUUCUCCAUAACAAAUUCUUUGAAGUUCACACAUUCGCGUUGUGUGCCUUAAUAACCAUUUUAUAAUGGGUCUGAAAUACCAGCACACUAGUGACCAGAAGUGUACAAACAUGUUUUUUUGAUAAUUAAGAACUUUGAUAUAAUCGUUUUAUAUUCAAGUUGUAAUUAACCUCUUUCUGUCAUGGUAUCUCGACACGUAUAGUUUCUGUCACUAAUUUAAAAUAACGAGAUUCGAAAAUCAACACUUUGAAACGUAUUUCGACAAAUACGUUUUCUUGUUUUCACCAUUACAAUUAAAAUCAAUGCACAUAACCUGUGCAAUAACGUAACUAACUUGCAUGUAUGACAGAAAGUUUAAUUGUGGUAAAUGAAAAAUUUCAUCUAUUCAGUUUGUUUGUAAUUAACAAAUCUACAGCUUCUAUAUUAUUAUUACGGGAAAAUUAUUAAGAUAUUUUAAAUAUUCAACUUGAAUACAGAGAAAUCAAUAAUAACCUACUAAACUAACAUUGUAUUGAUGGUAGAAGAGGCCACUCACUACAAUUAUCCUGUACCAAAAAAUUCAAUAUAACACACGUACCCAUGUUGUAUAGAGACAGUAGAUUUUCUUUUAAAAUGAAACAUUGUGGUAGUACAUAAAGAGAAAAUAUAAAACUUUAAAUAUUUGUAUCGUUCUUAUGAGUGACUGGACGUAAUGAAAAAACAAUAUCAUAUCAUAAAAUAAAAUAACUUCAGUCAACUAGAUCUUUAAAUACUCUAUCUCUCGUUUAAAAAGUUUGUCAAAUCGGCAAUUUUAAGAAAAUAUUACAAAUGGAAAACGAACAUGGAUCUUUGACAGAAAUUUCAACGGACAGUUCAAGCAACACGGAUAGCGUUCAGAAUGUUGAUAAUCAAUGCAAAGAAUUAUCAGACGAGAAACAGAGGAAAAAAGAUGAAACAGAUGUUGACUUAACAUUGGAUUUAGGAAACAUGUUGCCGAAUUAUGAUUGUAUUUCUGAGAAUGAAAAUGACGAUUCGUUAGAAAAGCUCUCAGCUGUUCUCGAACAACCGGAAGAUUCGAUGAUUUUAGACGGUGUACAAUUGAUCGAAGACGAACAAGACAAUAAAGAUUUAAACUGCAUUCUUCGGGAACGCAUAGAAUCGCUUAAUGAGAUAAUGAGAAAUUUAAAGGAAGAACUGAAGAAAGAAAUCGAACUUUGGAGAAAAGAAAGAGAAGAAUUGCAACUUUUACGCGAGAAAGAUGAUGCAUUGGCUUUAGAGGAAGCAACUGCCGCUGCACGCGCAGCUGCGGCAGCUUAUGCUGCCGAAUCGCCAUUAUCUAACAAUUUGGGCGAUAUUUUAGACAUUACCUCGGAGGAUGUGUUCACAGAAUUGACAAUCCUCGAAUACGAGAAACGUUUGGCUAAGUAUCAAGACGAAUAUUCGUUAAGCCAGGCAGAGAAACGUUAUAAUGCACGAUGGAAAAUGAUGGCGAACGCGUACAAACAGAAAUUGAUGGAAGUGGAACGACUUUGUAACGAGGAAUUGGAGAAAGUUCAAAAAAACGUAGAUCAUUUGCAACCACUGAAAGAGAUGGUAUCGCAAUGGUAUCUCGACGAAGAAAACCAUGGCGAUUCCAUCAAAAGAACCGAUUUCGUUGCAAAUGCGCAGAAGCUCGAUAUUGUCAACGAGAAUGGUACGCAUAACCGUUACAAGUUUCAAAAGAUCGACGCAGAAGUCAAUAUGGCGCCAGAAAUAUUCGUUGCUCGAUUCAAAUCCGACGAUCUGAGAAAGACAGAUAAACUUUGCGGAUAAAUUCCUCUUCACGUGAUAACUUUCAAUAAUAACAAUAAAAUUCAAUAAACGAUUG